AGUAGCCGGAAGUAGGGGUCUCCAUGGAAACCCCGUGGCACAAACUUGCUGUCGGUGUGUUCAGACAGAAACAUGGCUGCAGACAGCGAGUUCAGCAAAUACGAUGCGAGUCGCCUGCAGGAGGAACUGCAGCAGGAGAAGGAGACGAGAGAAAUGCUGGAGGAGUCGGUGUGUGACCUGCGGGGCACGAUGUGUGAGCUGCAGGAGAGACUCCACAGUGUGGAUGGAGAGGGUAACGAGUGGAAGACGAGGUACGAGACGCAGAUAGAGCUAAACGGACAGUUGGAAAGACAGAUCUCACUCAUUCAUGAGAGACUGGAGGACCUGCGAGGGAACCCCAUGGGUAAGUUCCAGCUCUUAAAGGCAGAAACAUUGAGACAGCGUCUGAAGCUCCUGAGCGAAGAGAAGUCCGACCUCCAGACUCAGCUGAUGGACUGUCACCUCAGAACUGAACAGGAGGGAAAGGCAUUUCAUAAAACCAACGAUGAGAGACGGGCGUAUCUUUCAGAAAUUGCCAAGCUGUCCUCCACCAUCGAUGCCCAAAGAAGACAGUACUCCACCCGACCACAUGGGGCGCUAGACAGCAAACUGAGAAGCUCAGUGAGGCAAAACAGAGGAAAGCAGAGCAGCAGGAACGCAGAGGCAUAUUCUAAGAAAGGAAAAGAAAGAGAUGAAGAAGAUGGAGGAGGAGCGCACGUGAAAGGAGGAGGUGGUUGUGGAGCAACAGCAGAGAGGAGAGAAGAGGAGAGGUCCCACAGGGGAAGCAGGUUACCCACCCUAAAGCACUAUACCUGAAACACAAUCCCUGAUGUUAGAGGCCCUUUCUUAAAAUCCAGUCAUGUUGCUCUCUUAUACGUAUGAUGGACAUUUUCUAUAUACUGUUUUAUUUGUGCAUUUCAUUUUGUACUUACACUUCCGUCAGAUUCAUAUGUUUUUGUAAACAAUUCUCAAAAGCUGAUUGUGAGGAAACAAAGUGAUUCUUAGGUUUUCUACCCAUGUGCCACAGCCAGUAUCACAAUUCAGUGUUUCACUGAACUCACGGUAUAAAAUGUCAUAUUUAUAAUGAAGUCUGGCAUCUCUAUAGGGAGACAUAUUAGAGAUGGUGGAUACUACAAGCUUUGAGCGCAGUGAUGUAUUUCCAUAGGUGGCAGAGGCCUGCUGAGUCUGACAUUUCUAGUGUCACUGCAGUUUACACAUCUCCUACAAUUUACAGUAGAUUAUGUAAGCAGCUCCACAUCCACCUCUCUCUGUAUGUAGUUCAUCUGCAGAGCAACAGAGUCUCCCUCAUCCCGCCCACAGACCACCUUCACAAAUGUGGGAGUAAGAAAUCUGUGUCCAAGUAAGACGCGGUAGUGAAUGUGAAAAUUGCCAGAAGCCGUUUCAUUCGUGUUUUGUGGAGAGGUGCGGAGGAUGGGUUCAGUUCCUGUCAGCUUCAAAACUCUGAGCUGAAACAUUAUCUCAUCACAAAGGACACAGUCUCACAGGCAAUACCAGCAUGAAUUCAUCAAUCUGGCUUAUUACUAUUAAGCUUUAUCUCAUGAAUAUAACAGUGUUUUGUAAUAACAAGGGAACUGGACUUUAACUAGGAGGUCAAAGAUCAAGCUCCGAGCAUCAGAGUGCAGAACUGUAACACUGAAUUCUACCUUCAACACUUUUCACACACAAAUUAAUAGAGGUAUUAUAUUUUUGUUGACAAGUCUGGGUUAAAAAGUAAAGAAAACUUUUUUUUACAAACUAUAUAUACAGAUAAUUGAUAUAUUGCAACUAAUUUGGAUUUUGUACCUCAAACAUGGUUUACUCACAUAGUAAUAUAUUUGUUAAUUCAAUAAAAGUACUCCAGAAUCAGUUAAUGCUUUAAUA